UCCAGAAGCCGCGGCCGCGGUGCCGCCUCCGCCCCGGGGCUCAGGCUUUCAGCCCGGCCCGCCCGGUUUGCGGGCCAUGGAGCUCCGAGCAGUGGAUCGAGAACAGCCGGAGCGCCCCAGCCUACCCGUCUGGUGCCUGGCUGCCACCCCUUCCCAGCCUGAGCCCUGGAGACAGCAGCCCCCAGGCUGCUGAGCAGCGGCAACAGCAUGAAGGCUCCGGGUCGGCUCCUGCUUGUCAUCCUGUGCUCCUCGGGCUUCUCAGCUGCCUACAUCCUGCUGUGCUGCUGGGCCUGCCUGUCCUUCUGCCUGGCCCCCUGCCUGGACCCCCACCCGUCCACCAACUCCAGGCCCACUGUGCCAGGGCCCCUGCACUUCAGCGGAUAUAGCAGCGUGCCAGAUGGGAAGCCGCUGGUCCGAGAACCAUGCCGUAGCUGUGCCGUGGUGUCCAGCUCCGGCCAGAUGCUGGGCUCGGGCCUGGGCGCGGAGAUCGACAGUGCCGAGUGCGUGCUGCGCAUGAACCAGGCACCCACCGUGGGCUUUGAGGCGGACGUGGGCCGGCGCAGCACCCUGCGCGUGGUCUCGCACACGAGUGUGCCCCUGCUGCUGCGCAACUACUCCCACUACUUCCAGCACGCCCGUGACACGCUCUACGUGGUGUGGGGCCAGGGCGGGCACAUGGACCGGGCGCUGGGCGGCCGUACCUACCGCACACUGCUACAGCUCACGAGGAUGUACCCGGGCCUGCAGGUCUACACCUUCACGGAGCGCAUGAUGGCCUACUGCGACCAGGUCUUCCAGGACGAGACGGGCAAGAACCGGAGACAGUCCGGCUCCUUCCUCAGCACCGGCUGGUUCACCAUGAUCCUCGCCCUGGAGCUGUGCGAGGAGAUCGUGGUCUACGGAAUGGUCAGCGACAGCUACUGCAGGGAGGAGAGCCACCCCUCGGUGCCUUACCACUACUUUGAGAAGGGCCGGCUGGACGAAUGUCAGAUGUACCUGGCCCACGAGCGGGCGCCCCGCAGCGCCCACCGCUUCAUCACUGAGAAGGCCGUGUUCUCCCGCUGGGCCAAGAAGAGGCCCAUUGUGUUUGCCCACCCAUCGUGGAGGACCCAGUAGCCCCAUCGCCUAGCCAGCCACAAGGCCCUCACCGGGCCUCUGUUCCACACUCCACCGGAAACGUUUAAUUUAUGGAUCCUGUCUCCUGCCACAUGCCUAGUGGACCUAAGGUCCCUUCUGGCCCUACCCUGGGGACACUUGGAGCCAUCUUAGGCCUCCCGACUUGAGGGGGAGAAGAGGAGGACUGUGGUGACCUUUGCAGCCCUUCCCUGCACCCCACUUUCUGAGUAAUCCAAAUCUUCAUUUUGGGGUUCACCCCCCCUCUGGGUCUGUCCAGUGGCCUUUGCCCCCGGGGCUCAUGGCCCCUCAAUUCACCAGCAUUGUGAUCUUCGAUCUUUCAACAGCCCUGGUCCUUCUUCACUGUCCCCCCUCCACCUGCCUUUGGUGCCACAUUUCCCAGGCUGGAGCGUGGGGUUCGUUGGGCGAAGGGGCCUUUGAACUGUGACUGCCAGGGCCACCUCUGGAGUGUACGGGUAAACAUGUGUUUUCUGGAA